AGCCAAAAUGCGUCCAUUAUAAUAAACAAAUCUGCGAUACGGUAAAGCAGAAUUCCGUGGAUUAUAACGGGAGCGUACCAUAUAAGCAGCGCAGAUGAGGCGUAAGCGUCGGGGCGUCGUCUUGACCUGACCGGGACCAAUCGGAAUUCUGCUCGAUACUUUGUAAACAACACAGUUGCACGCUGUAUGGAAACUUUACUACGAGAGGCUGCCGUGUGACGACGACUGCCAAACCUCACUCAGUCUGGUGUUCAUGGAUUUCACAUAGAUCAAUGACUGCACAGGCAGACCUCAAGAUCUGCGACGGUGAGUGGGACCCAUUGGAGUGGAUCCUAUCCAGCAAGGAUUCUCCUCUCACACUUCCUCUUUCUCAUCUGGCCGGAGCAGUUUCCUGCCCCCUGGAUGCAGCGAGGCCAUCGUUGCGGAUGUGUCCUGAAGAGGGCUUUCCAGCAGUACAAAGAGGUGCUGGAGAAAGAUGCCUUCAUCCUUCCUACUUUCAAGAACCCAAAAACAUGACAUCAUAGACUUAAAGCUGAAAGAAGAUACAGUAGAAAGGUUAAGAGCUUUAGAAACAUAUAAAAGGCACACUUAUCUUUCCUUUUCACAGCACCGCAGCCCAGUCCUACCCUAGACUUCCAGGAGGCUUUGAUCAGGCUCAAUUUCCAAAAGGCUACAAAAAUAUCCUUUUCACUUCAGAAACGUACAUAAAUUUUUCUCCCUCUUCCCCUCGCACGGAAUCUAAUAAAGCAGUGAAACUAAUAAAGUGAAUUAGGUCUUCAGCCGGGCACAAGAGCCCUUUAUGCUUUUUCUUGCAACGCGGAGCUUGGAGGGUUGAGCUCACAGGAAGGUCUCCAGCAACGCAAGAGAAAUGGCUCUGGUUUGACCGGCAAUGUCUGCAAGCAAUCCGUUCACCUAAACCUAAAGCCUUGAAGUUAAGUACUAUUCAGUACACUUGUGUGCAGUCCAUUUCCUUCAAAAGGGAGGACAGUAGACAAACACCCUUGUAGAAAGCUAGACGUGCCGGACCACGUGCUGUGCCAUGCCUUAAAGAGAAUGAUUGAGAAAGAGAGACUCUUUCAUUUUUUCUUGAGAGGAUACUGUGCAGCCAGCUGUACUGUACUUCACCGGGUCUGUGUACUCUGUACACUCCGCUGAACUGCCAGAUAGUAAUCAAUUAUAACCCUUGUCACUUGGGGCCAUGGGUAUAGCAGCUGGCCACAGGAAGCACGAGUUCCAUAGCCUCUCAGCCAAUCAACUGCCUCCAGCUGUCGCCACACUUAACCACCAUUCAAAGUGUGGCUGCUGUGUGCUAAUGACGAGGUUCCCUUACCGGGACUUUCUUUUCCAGUUCUUCCUUCCUAAGUCUCAACAGUGCAGACGCAUCCGCCUCAGGGACCAACCACCACCCUCCCCCAAAAGCAUCUUAUUGGUCCCUGCCUUUUUGACAUAUUCUCUUUGCACUCUUUCCCUUGUCUUUUUAGUCCCUUUCUUUCACUCUGGCUUUCUUUUGCUCUCUCUCUUUCUCCUUUUGGUUCAAUGUCUUUCUCAUUCUUUUCUUUCACGUUCAUGAACUUUCGUCUUUCUUUGCCAGCUCUGCUAUUCUUCCCUCGUGCUUUUGGAGUUUUUUCACAGGUGUUUGUGUGGGGGGAUUUGCAUGUUCCGUGGAUAUCCAGCCUGUGGAGAGCAAGCCAGCCGGCAGAUCAAAGACCAGCCCUGUAAAAUGAUAUGAAAGAGUCCCCCAUUAGCAUCCAUCAGGGUACCCUGAAAGCUCCCUGCUCGGCUGAGGGGGUCUGAGGGCCCCCCAAAGUGAAAGGCAAAGUGAGGGUUUUGGGGGGUUAAAAACAGGCAACCCGUCCGAGGGCAUACAGGAAAUAUUUAAGGAAGGGAGGAAAAUUCCCACAAAACACUGAGGUCAUUUUUUUCUACCCUUCUCUCUCAUCUUUCUCCUUGUCUUAGAUUUCCUUAUAGUGUUGAGACUGUAAGUGGAGAAUAUCUCCAUCUGUGCACCAUCUCCACUCAGCUCGGUGAGUCUAGUGCCGUAUCCUCUCUCUGUUGGAGGGUCAAGGUUAGUUCCGACAGCAGCGGGGGGGAUGGGGGGACUGCUUCAGCCUGGUCUAUUGCGUGGUGUUAAUGAGUUCUCCAAUUUAUCAAUAUGAGCACCAAGCUGUGCUACUACCUAAUUUUUAGUAACGCUGUACCACCACUGUUUUAAGAUGUGGUGCCAUUAAACUUCCAAACUUUUUGGCCAUGUACCAUGAUAGUACUUUUGGAAUUUGGAAUCGGAGCACAAUAUUAAUAUAUAAAAUUGAAUAUCAAGGUAUACAAUAAAGGACUGUGGUAGUUAAUGAAAUACUAUAGAUUUACCACAUCUUUGUAAGAGUGCAUUUCAAACGUGACUCCGCCAUAUGGUUUUGCAUGAAAUGUAUAGUCACUCCCAAUGCAGUAACAAAGGCUUGUGCUAAAACACUCACAAGAAAGCCACACAUAAGGCUUAACUGCUCCCUGAACACUGUAGGGACUCGCGAACAGUGGUGUAGUUCUAAAAAAAGUGGUGUACUAUACUAUACAACCACAACCCCGACCUCAAAUGGCCAAAAGACAGGGGUCAGUGUGUUUGUUUGUUUUUCUAGUAACAUAUGACAAUUAUUUUAGUUAAAUAUUUAUGCAUAAUUCUUCACUUAUGCUUUGAAUAUGAAGUUAUAGAAUUGGAAAAAAUAAGUUGGUGGAAAAAGGUUGGAAAAAAACAGGUCUAUGCCAGUACUGUUGACCACAAUACAAUAUUUUUACAAAGCAUCGCGUCUUUGUAACACAUCACAUAUACAAGAUUACGUAAAAACAUAUGCAAGAUUUUACAGAAUACAGAUGUAACUUUGUUAUCACUGCCAUCUCUGUGUCAAUACUUGUUAAUAAUUUAAGGGGAAGAUGUUAAUGUAUGAAGUAAACGUUGUGGUAAAAAACAGACUGCAUUAUUUUAAAUGUAGAAUAAAUGUAACGAGGAGGUUUAAAACGACUGUAAAGGGAAUGAGGAUACAGAGAAAAUGUAAGGAUUCUGACUUGUGCUAUUUUAAACAGUAGGGCUAUGGAAGUGCUUUGUUUCAUUUAAUCGCGUGUCAUUUAAAGAAAGCUAGUAUUAAAAGUUGUGACGGAUAUCAAAGGUUCGCUUUGCCCUGCAAUAUCAUAAAGAGAUAAAGCAGCGCAAGAGAACCCGUGAAUUCAGUGUCAAUCUUUCUCGAGCCGGAGGCCCGGAACAGAUGCGAGUAGCCACUGCAGGUGAGUGCCCUUUAAACCAGCUUUGACUAAAAGUGAGCAGUUUUAUCAAUAUUACCUGACGGCUUCAUCUGGACUCUUUCAGUCACCGACAGGACGAACUCCUCGCUGCCACAUUGCCAACACUGAAGAUGAUGGGCUUGACGUGGUUGUCGGAGGUCUGCGAGGAACAGAAAUGCGAGGAAGAAGUUUUUCCACUGGCUAUGAACUACUUGGACCGAUUUUUAGCAGUGGUACCAACAAGAAAAUGUAACUUGCAAUUGCUCGGCGCAGUAUGCAUGUUUCUUGCGUCGAAAUUGAAAGAGACGCGUCCCUUAACUGCAGAGAAGCUGUGCAUCUACACCGAUAACUCAAUCAGACCACAGGAACUUCUGGAAUGGGAGCUGGUUGUCUUGGGCAAAUUGAAGUGGAACCUGGCUGCUGUCACUCCAAAUGAUUUCAUUGAGCAUAUUAUAAGGAAACUUCCACUGCCUGAGGAUAAGCUGGAUCUGAUCCGUAAACAUGUGCAGACUUUCAUUGCUCUUUGUGCAACAGACUUCAGCUUCACCUUGUACCCUCCAUCCAUGAUUGCGACAGGCAGCGUGGCGGCAGCUAUCUGCGGCCUGCAACUCAACAGCACUAACCGUUCACUGUGGGGAGACAACCUUACAGAGUUACUCGCCAAGAUCACGAACACAGAAGUUGAUGUGCUAAAGGGAUGCCAGGAGCAGAUUGAGACAGUGCUGAUGAAUAACCUGAGGGAAGACCGCAGGCAGCAACAGAAACAGCAACAGCAAGAACAGGGUGCCCCCCGCAGCAAAGCACUUGAUGUCCAGGACCAGUCCAGCACCCCCACCGAUGUACGAGACAUCAACUUGUGAGCUUGCUGCCAGAACGCUGCCAUCAAUCUUCAAGAAAAAAAACAAAAACGACAAAAAAACAAACAACCCCAACAAAAAGUGCUUGCUAGUCUUUGUAGAGUUUUAUCUUUAUUUUCCAGUAAAAAUGCUCCCGUAAUUUACGAAAAAAAUUAAAGCUAUUUUAGAUACAAAAUAGAUAUUUUUAAAACCAUUUGAUACUGAUGCAAAAAGCUCUACGGUGCCUCAGACUCUUAGAAGGGAAGCGUGUAGUAUUUUGCAAACUCUUUUGAUUGUGUAAACAUAAUAAUAUGAUAUUUAAUGCAAAAGUGAUAGCAUAAAGGGCUUUUCAAAAUAGAGUCUACUGUAUCGGACUGGCAUGAAAGGGUACAAGAAGUGGGGCUAUGUUUUUUUUCCUGUUUUGUUUUGGAUUUUUUUUGGUUCAUGUCAGAAUGCCUGAACUUGAACACAGAGGUGCCAUGAGGCUGUUAAAUGGACGCACCCAUUCACUUGGCUGUGUUCUGAAAGUGCAUUAGGACCAGAAAGAGGGAUUAAACCAGAGCAGUGAGACAGAACUCUUAUGCUAAGAAUUUAGCUCUUUUGCUAAAACAGCACGGGGGCUUAUUGUUAUGAGAAUAUUAUUAUUGUUAAACAAGCAACUUAUUGUCUUGAUGUUAAAGUUACAGACACUUCAAAUAAGCUUUUGUCAAGCUGCUUGUGUGCAUGCAUUUAUGUGUGGUGUAUGUUGGCUCAUGUAUAAGUUACUCUAUAAUGGGCACUCUUAUGCGAGUCAUACCUGGGCUUUGUUUAAUCAUCCGCGAGUGCUUGGUGAUUGAGACUGGCUCGAUGGCGGACACCUGGUCAAAGGACUGGGCCAGGGGAUAGAAAAAAAUUCCACAAUGCUUUUGUCUGCUUUUAAGGCCUCCUGUAACAGUGCCUUAUAUUAAAUGCUUCUAUUUACUGGCCUGGAAACUGCUUGAGGGCUGAGCCCAACCCAGUGCACAGAACAAGAGGAGGCAAGAAAAAGGAGCGGGCAAAGACGUUCCCUCGUAUCUUCUAAAGGCCAGAAGAGUUGUUUUUAAGUUGUGGAUGAAGUUGCACAUCAUUGCAGCCUCCCACUAAAUCUUACAAUUGUAUUGUAUACAGUCAGUCUAUUACGUAUUUUGUUGUGUGCGUGUUGAAGGAGGCUUAGGCUGGUUUGUGUUUGCAAAAACGGCUGGCCAAGGGAUGUGUAGUGAAAUUCUGGAUUUGCAAACAAGCUUAUGUGAAUUCUACAAGCAGUACAAGAAUGUCCAGGCAAGAAUGAUCAUGGAUGAUGAAGCUUAGAUUGUUCGAGGUGUGAAGCAUGCUGCUGAGAUUAGGACGCCGAUAUAGUUAGGAGGAGAAACAGGAAAGGAGGCCAAAGGUGAACAACAGCUAUGGUUUCCGGAAAUCACCUGAUAUUUAAGAUCUUUAACCUAUUUGUCUGUUUAUUUGUUUGUCUUUUAGUUUUUUGUCUCUUGUUUGAAUUACAGACCAGUAUCUAAACCAGUUUGAUUGACACUGCCAGCACAUAACUGGGAAAGAUGACUCUAUCACUUUUAGCAGCAGAGUACUUUGAAAGCAUAUUUGCCAUUGGGUAAUAAAUGGUUAGGGUUAAAGAGUUUUUUUCUUUUUGGGCUGGUUUCCCAUGUUUAGAUCAUGGCAUGUUCAGUUCAUUAGCGUUAAGCAUUGAAAACCAAUGUUGACAUUAUGACGACAACAGCAACAAAAUAACAGGAAUUAUUCAAACUAAUACAAAAAUGAAGACCAAAAACCAGACAACAAAAAGGCAGUAAACAUUCAGAUCGAAAUGGAAGAAAAAUGUUUGUUGAUUUGCACGCUCCAAGGAAAGUUUUCUUGAAAUUAGAAAAGACGAACUAGUGUAACUGCACCAUUGCAGAAAACGUUUUAUAUAGUGCCUUGAGUCUGAUGAAGACUUUUACCCUGUUUUGCUGUGCUUCGGUCAGACUGCUUGAGCAUAAGAUCCACUACCCAGUCAUCCAAAAUAUGCUGCUUCCAAAGGUUGAACUGGUAUGGGGUUUGGAAAUUUCUAAAAGUCAUUACAAAGUGGCUAAAAACAGGAUGCAUCAGCAGCACAGUACAGCUUUCAGAUGCUGAAUUCUCAUAGCUUACCUUUAAAAGGGGCAGUCAAGCUUUGGUUUGUGUCCGUGUGUGUAUGUGCGUGUUUUCGUGUGCAUGUCUUUCUGUGGGUAAAGGAGAUGGUGUGGAUGCUUAAACGUACCCAUCAUGAACCUCCUUUCUCCAGAAAUAGUUCUUAGCGACGCUUGAGUUUCACAUUUCCUCCAUCCUCACACCCAAACCCCUAUCUAUCUUAUUGUAUUAGUUUAGUCUGUCUUGUUAUUUUCCCAGCUCUGCUCUGAAAAUGAAUUACAGUACUGUUAUUUGAUGGUAUGGGUGGAUAUAUGCUUUUGAGUUUGAAUAUGGACCCAAGUUACGUUCCAAGUUGCGUAAGGUGUAUGAUACUGUAUUCCAAAGUGAUGAGAGAUAGAAAGGGUGUGAAGACAUCAAUCAAGUGUCAAUAUUGUUUUUGAGUUAUUAUUGUUUUUUUCCGCUGCUAAAAAGCUAUGAUUUUGUUUCAUCUUAUACACAAACAAUAACAUUACAUAGUUGUGAUGUCACAUCAGUGUGCUGCUAUUUUAUAAACAAUUGUAUUAUAAUUAUUUUACUGCUUACAGAAUACUUUGAGAAUACAGAAGUAGAGGGUAAAAGAAGAACAUGAAACGAGUAUUUGACUGGAAAUGCUCUUUGUACAGUGUGCUCUUCUUAAGGCAUGUUUCUUUACCUUGUAAUCCUUUUUUCCUCUUCUUUCUGUGUCGCAUUCUGUAAGUGUGGUAUCUCUAUACCUCAGGUUUACUGGACAUAAAAGACUUUCUCAUUACCUCAAACAACUCACAACAGUUUAUCGGGAACCUGGAAUGGACAAAACACAGAAGUUUUAAUAUUUCAGCUCUGUCUGGUGUGGUAAAAUCAUGGAAAUUUGAUUGAUAAAUGGCAUUUAAGGUUCCCACCUGGACUUCAAAAAUAGUGGCUGGAGGAGGGACGCAAAACAAGACCUGCGUGCAUUAUGAGUGGUUAUGUCUUAUGUUUUCAGCCUGUAUCGAUGGCUGCAUACCUGUAAAUACUGACCAAGCGGCAGUGUGAAAAGUCCUCCUCCCUCCACUAUCACCAUAUCAUGUACCUCAGUUAUAUCUGUUGCACAACCUCUGUUCAAUAAAUAUCUGCUUUAAAGAGCGUGGUGCUAUGUUGGUUCUCUUUUAUUCUUCCCUUUUUAUGAUAUGUACAGUAGUCUGAAGUCUGGAUUACAACCGACGCAGUUCAUAAAUUCACAUUUGGCAGACGCUUUUAUCCAAACGCACUGAAGCUAUAAGUAUUUGCAUUACCUGGUACUCUAACCCAUGUUCUUGGUGUUGCUAGCACCAUACUCUACCAGCUAAGCAACAGGAACACAAAACCAGAGAUAAAGUACAUUAUUUUAGUUUGCGGUUUCAUCUUCCAGAAUUCUCUGCUGACCAAUUGUCACAACAGACUUGUGGGGAAGAAUAAAGAGGUACCCUAACCAGGUUGAAUAAAUGAGUGAUGACAUGAGGGCUUGGAAAUUCUGGAUUUUCUUCAGAUUUCUGUUAAACUCCAACCAAAUCUGUCAUUGAGAGUAUGAUUGAAGUAAAUUGAGAGGACAUGCUGUAUGCUAAGGUCAAUAAACUUACCAUAAAAAGA